AUGCCGCCUCCAAACUCGGCUUCUCACGGAACUCCUACCUUAUCGCCCACUUCGCCUGUACCUGAUCGGUCAUCGUGGAGAUCGUCGUUUCCCGAUUCCCCGGGCCCUGCGGAGAACGAUAACGCCCACGACGAGAAUGUGAACUUUCUCCGCUCUCGCUCCCUCUACAACCCCCUGCUACCCUUACUCAGUCGAUAUCGCCGUCGUCACUAUCAGACAUCACAUCCUAGGUCGAUGGAAGAGGAGGAUCCGUGGGAUCGCAUGGACCUGGGCGACCCCAGUGACCUCCGCUUGUCCGUCGAAAUCAACCGUCGCAUCCCUAUCGUACGUCGCCAGCGUGACGGACCCCAAUCCCACAAUAUGCCCAACUACGAAGGCCGCCGAUCAAAUUCACGGACACUGUAUGGCUGGGCGCCCGGCUCCGAUGACGAUGACGAUGACCUCCGCCGCCCCGAAGAGUCGGAAGAUGAACACCUUCGACUCCCUCCGUUCCCUCACGCUUACACAACACAUAAUAUACCGGCAACUCGACCACGCGAACCCCUGCCCACCGGUCGUACACCACCAAUAAUAGCCGGAGAUGAGCCGACAGAAGGAGGUGGACGAUUUCGGAGUUCGCCGAUCUCGACCAUGGAAGCCUUGUUGCAGUCAGCGAGGCGGCAGCCCAGAUUACCGCGGAAUCGCACACUGGAGAGUUAUCUGCUAGAUCGAUAUACUCGUUCAAGCGACGACGCAGAGGAGACCGAGCGAACUGGUGCUUCGUCAUCGUCCAGAGCGUACCGAUACCGCCCAUCCAGCCGAGGCGAUUCUCAUCGCGUUCUCACCCACAGCGACUUACGGGUCCGGGCUGCUGCACAUCGUCAGCUACACUCCGACAGUUCUGCUGACUCGAUGCUGAAAACUACCAUCAACUAUCUCGAUCGUCUCCGCUACUCGAACUCCUUCGAGGAGAGCAUCAGCUCCGCCGCCGCGACAGGAUUUAUAUCACUAGACAACUUUUCGUGGAAGGACAGUGACUUCAUCCUCGAUACCAAUAGCAUCGCACCGCCGGCGACUUGCUCCUGGCUCCGACCCGGGGCGGUGUUCUCGGGGUGCCAAAGGGCGGCGAAUGCAAGCUGCUCAGUGAUGUCCCAGCGAGUUUCAAGCCCGCAUGGCCCCAGUGACCCCAUGAUUGUCAACGGAAGCGACAGUGCGCGGAUUAGCGUACAGACCAGCUCCGGACGACGGUACCUAGCCAAUACCCGAGACGAGAAUUGGCCGGUCAAGGUCACCAUUCACAACAUCAACUAUGAGGACAUGACUCUGUCGGGUACAAUGGAGGCAUACAACAUUCCAGACAAGACAUCACCCACGCACGAUGCGCACAUUGUGACAUUUUUGGAAGGUGAAAUCAUCGAUUUCAACAAACACACAUUGGAGACGAAGAACUUCAAAGCGGACGCAGAUAUCGACAGCACGUAUUGGCGCGAAUUGCAGCCGUUCAAAGACCUCACGGACACCGAGAUUUCGAAGAACCUUGUCAGCAGGAAAUGGAUCACCCAGGAACUGGCCAAGGGUUGGAUCCUGAUGCGCUGGAAGGAACGGUGUUUCAUCACCCCCACCGACUCGCGCCAGGGUCUCACUAUCUCCGGGUUCUACUACAUUUCUCUUCGUCGCGAGGACGGUCACGUCGAGGGUCUGUAUUACGAUCCCGGCAGCUCGCCUUAUCAACAACUGUCUUUAAAACCCGAGACCGUGAAGAUGGUUCGCCCAUCAUAUACUUUCCGAUAG